UGUCCCUAAUAUGGUUUCAAUUGUUGACAGGUGAUUAGAAUGUGUAGUUGAAAGCAGCUUGCUGAUUGCAGAUGGAUGUCUCCGAGAUGCUGACAGGUGAUUAGACUGCGUGGCCAUGGGUUUAUGUGAUGAUUUCAGUCCGAAGGAUCUGAUUCCUUGGGUGGCUGGUACAGCUUGCUUCCCCCACGAUCUCUCUUCCACCUUCUUCCUCUCCCCCCCACUCACCCAUCUUUUGGUUCUUUGCUUUCCUUCCGCCGGAGGUAUUGUGGUGGCGUCUCCAAUUCGGAGGGAGUCCAAGAAUCUGACCGAUGGCAUGCCCCCGGACAAAGCAAGCACCCUCUUCCCACUGUUGUUACACAUGGCUUCUCCUCGGACGCGCCUGCUGUAGUUCUCAUCGCCGUCUCCCUCCUCGUCUUCGUCCUCGUUCUGGUGUGCCCACCGAGUCCUUCCCUGCCCCUUGCGAAGAAAGGAAAGAUGAGCAAUUCUCGACUGCCACUCUUCUUCUGCUGCCUCUUCUUCUUCCUCCUUCCUCGUCAUGGCCUGCUGAAGAAGGUAGAUGCAUUCACCGGAACCUAUGGGAUAAACUACGGCAGGAUCGCCGACAACCUUCCUCCACCUGAAAGCGUCGUCACGCUUCUAAAAGCAGCAAGGAUCAAGAAUGUGAGGAUUUUUGAUUCAGACCAAAGCGUUAUCAAGGCGUUUAAAGGAUCUGGGAUUGAACUGACCGUAGCGAUCCCUAACGAGUACCUGAGAGACAUCAGUGUAUAUGAAGACCGUGCCAUGAGCUGGGUCAAGGAAAAGGUGCAGCCAUUUCUGCCCGGGACACGCAUCCGAGGGAUUGCGGUUGGGAACGAAGUGUUGGGCGCGGAUCCGGAACUGUCACAGGUCCUUUUUGGUGCCAUAAAGAACGUGUACAAUGCUCUGGAUAGGCUUCAAUUGUCACACGAGAUCGAGGUGUCGACGCCGCAUUCCGAGGCGGUGUUUGCUAAUUCCUUCCCGCCCUCCUCCUGCACCUUCAAGGAAGACGUCCUCGUUCUCAUGAAGCCCAUCUUGGAUUUCUUCUCACAGAUCGGUAGCCCCUUCUACAUCAAUGCGUAUCCAUUUUUGUCUUAUAAAAAUGAACCUGAGCAUAUCGACAUCAACUACGCUCUUUUCCUGUCCAAUGCUGGAAUUCACGACGCCAAGACCGAUCUGCACUAUGACAACAUGUUUGAUGCUACAAUAGACGCAGCUUAUGCUGCCCUGGAAGCUGCCGGCUACGGUAAGAUGGCGGUUCGGGUUUCAGAGACAGGUUGGGCUUCUGCCGGAGACGAAAACGAAGCCGGAGCUACCCUCCACAAUGCAAGGACUUAUAAUUAUAAUCUUCGUAAGCGACUUUUCAAGAAGAAAGGGACACCGCUGAGGCCCAAGAUUAUGGUACAGGCUUACGUGUUUUCGUUGUUCAAUGAGAAUUUAAAGCCUGGACCGACCUCCGAGAGGCACUUCGGGCUAUUCAAGGCGGACGGCAGCAUAUCAUACGAUAUCGGCCUCACAGGCCUCAAGCCUUCAUCCGCAUCUCCAUCCCUCUUAUCCCUCAAUGCAAUGGUUUUCUGGGAUGUAUUGCUAUUACUAUUAUUCUACAUUCCGCUUUUCGGAAACUAGAAAUCCCGACUGUGUAAUGAAAUAUUGCAAUCACGAUCCAAAACUGUACAUGGAAAUUAAGAAGAAUAUAUGUAAUUUCCCAUUACCGAGAA